UGAACUUCUGGAAACAUUGAUUUAUUGCCGGAUUGAAUACCGUAAUUAUAAAAAUUCUUGCAACAGUGAACUGCGCGUCUGUGUAUCACUGCAGAGGUCUGGCUGGCGCGAGUAUAUUAACACAAUGGCAGGAGUGAGUGCAUCCGCAUUAGUAGAAAAACAGUUGGCUGUUGCAACUCAGAUAAUUGAACAACAGAUUGAUGCAGAAAUAGAAAGACUGGAAACAUUAGAUGCAGACGACUUGGAUGCCAUCAGACGGGAUCGCUUGGCAGCCAUGAAGCAGCGGGAACAGAAGAAACAGGACUGGAUUUAUAAUGGUCACGGAGAGUAUUCUGAACUACACGAUGAAAAAGAUUUCUUUGAAACCACAAAAAAGUCUGAGAACGUCGUAUGUCACUUCUAUCGGGACCAAUUUCUCCGGUGCAAGAUUGUUGAUAAACACUUGAACAUUCUUGCCAAGAAACACAUUGAAACAAAAUUUUGUAAAAUUAAUGCUGAGAAAGCUCCAUUCUUAACAGAACGACUAAGCAUUCGUGUACUUCCUACGCUGUGUUUAGUAAAGAAUGGCAAGACCAAGGAUUAUAUCGUUGGAUUUACUGACCUAGGCAACACAGAUGAAUUUUCUACAGAGGUAUUGGAGUGGCGAAUUGGACGUACUGAUGUGAUAGAAUACAAUGGGGACCUCAUGUGUCCUCCAGUUUCUUCUGGUCCAGGGAUGAAAAUGAAUGUUCAGAAAAAGAAAACCAUCAGAGGUGGAAGGAGAGGAGACAGUGAUGACAGUGAUUCAGACUAUUAAAGUUCUUUUUUAUUUGUUCUCGCUUUAGUUUCUUUCUAAACAUUGGUUUGAAGUGGGUUAUGUGUAAUCCAUUACUGGUCACAUUCCUAAGGUGACUGAUAUGACCUAGAGGUUGUAAAGGAUAAGCUGGUUGAUCCAUCAGAUUGUGAAUGUGUUGGUGCAACUCAACACAACUGUUAAGUUACCCAGUGACCGUUUUGGGGAGGUACAUCGGCAAACAUUAUUAACUCGGCUCCAUUAAUUCUCACAUUCCUCAGCAUCUUUUAUAUCAAAUUAGCUUGUUUUAAUUAGUAAGAGAUAGUCAAUGCUUGUCGUGGUGAUUUAACUGCAGGUUUCUUUAUAUCAUUAAAUGCAGGUAAUAGUCAUGGAACUAUGCAAAUUUGUAUGAAUGUGACUUUCUAUGGCUGGUUAAACAAGUAAAAUAUUUUUCCAUAUCAUUUCAUAAUGUCAGCAUGUCAAAAUAUAUGGAAAUUUUUUGUGUUCAUCUAAGAAUGAGCAUUUUCCUCUACACAACAUACAUAUGCAGUGGUGUGUAUAAUAAUUAGCAUUCAGAAAUGGAAAGUAUUUAUGAAAACGCACUGAAUAUAUGGACAGUUUAUCCAUUCAGUGUACUGCAUUUUAUCCUUUCAGUACAGUAUAUGGGAAAUUUUAAUACGAGCUCUUAGGUCAUUACUGGUGUUAUUGAAGGCAUUGACAACAGACAUGAGCUUUUACAUCCCAAAUGAAACUACAAUUUCAUUGAUCUGAUAAAAGGUACACCCCAUUCUCAUUAAUUACUUGGCAUUUGAUUUGCAUAAAUGGAUGCAAAUGUUUAUAAAUAUACUGUACGUGAUGGACUCGUACAAACCAGAUGGAAUUUUUUUUUAAAUUGUAGAUAAAUGUAUGUAAUUACAUUAGAUUGUUAGGGCUGAAUGACUGCCAGUGCUUGGCUUCAAUCUAGAAACCCGCUCCCCACACUAUUCAUCCUUACUAGUAAUACAAGACUGAGCAAUAGACUUAAGGUACUGCUUACACAAAGAAAGACUUUAAAAAUUGAUGGCAGUUGCCAAGGUGCGUGGGACUUUGCUGUAGAAGUAUUGUUUCGAAAUGGUGAAAUAAUUGAUUCUUUUGUGGUUAGCAGUUCCCUACAACCAUUAGCUAAUGGCUCUUAUUACAGUACCCAUUCUGUGAUACUACUAUACUGUAUAUAGUUUCCCUGAGCUUGGCACCUUCUUUUGCUAAUUACAUUGCUCAUAUAACAAUACUAUCCACUCAUUCAGAGUUCAUAUUUUUGUGUUUCUGGCUGUCCUUGACAUUUUGUAGAUAUAGCACUCAUGCUCCCUGUGUUUGGAUACAAGGCACAACUCAGGUUUGUUGAUUGGUCAUGUUAAGCACAAUGUGUACUCGUAUGAUUGUUACAGCCCAUCCUCCUAAAAUGAUAGUACUGUACUUAUAGUAACUAUUUUUUCAGAAAG